AUGCAAUUCUCUACCGUCGCUUCUCUUGCUGCUAUCGCUUCUGUUGCUUCUGCUGCUGCCAAUGUCACUACUGCUACCGCUACUGAAAAGACCACUACUCUAGUCACUAUCACUUCUUGUGAAGACCACGUCUGUCAAGAAACUGUUUCUCCAGCUUUGGUCUCUACUGCUACCGUCACCGUUAACGACAUCAUCACUGAAUACACUACCUGGUGUCCAAUUGAAGCUUCUGAAUCUGCUGCUCAAAACAAGACCUCUACCGCCGCUCCAGCUACCACCACUACUUCUGUUGCUGCUAAGACUUCUGCUGCUGCCAAGGUUGAAUCUUCUUCUGAAUCUCAAUCUACUGUCACCAAGACUGUUCAAGCUUCCAAGACCGUUCAAGUUUCUUCCCUAGCUGUUCAAACCGUUGCUUCUUCCACUCAAUCUGUUGCUUCCUUCACUGGUGCCGCUAACAAGGCUCUACCAGCUGUCGGUGCUUUGAUCGCUGGUGCCGCUGCUCUAUUGAUCUAA